CUCCCAGCCCCACCACAGCCGUUCCUUACAUGUCGGUGAAGUGCAUUGAUAUGAGAAAAAACCACCACAAAACCAAGUGGCUGAUGCCCUGGGGACCCAACCACUGUGAGAAGCUCAAAGACUUCGACGAGGCGGUGAGCAGGCAGAUCGAAGCCAACGACAUCGUCUUCGCUGUCCACAUUCCCCUCCCCAGCAAGGAGAUGAGCCCCUGGUUCCAGUUCAUGCUCUUCAUCAUGCAGCUGGACAUAGCCUUCAAGAUGGACAACGACCUGAAAGACAACGCAGAGAUCACCCUGGACGUGUCCUUAGCCUACCGUGACAACACGUUUGAUGAGUGGGAAGAAAUUGCACAUGCAAUAGAGAUCAGGAAGCUGAAAUGCACCUUUGGCACACCAAAAACCCUGGAGUCAGAAGGACGUCACUACGACUGCGACUUCCUGCCCUUCAUGGAGAUUGGCAGCGUGGCCCACAAGUACUACCUGAUCAACAUCCGCCUGCCCGUCAACGAGAGGAAGGGCAUCAACGUGGGCAUCGGGGAGAUCAAGGACAUCCGCCUGGUGGGCAUCCAUCAAAACGGAGGCUUUACAAAGGUGUGGUUUGCCAUGAAGACCUUCCUCACCCCCAGCAUUUUAAUUAUCAUGGUGUGGUACUGGAGAAGGAUCACGCUGAUGACACGAGCUCCUGUCCUGCUGGAGAAGGUCAUCUUUGCUCUGGGGAUCUCCAUGACGUUCAUCAACGUCCCCGUGGAGUGGUUUUCCAUUGGCUUUGACUGGACCUGGAUGCUGCUCUUCGGGGACAUCCGACAAGGCAUCUUCUAUGCCAUGCUCCUGUCCUUCUGGAUCAUCUUCUGCGGAGAGCACAUGAUGGACCAGAACGAGCGGAAUCGCCUCGCGGGGUAUUGGAAGCAGGUUGGCCCCAUAGCUGUUGGCUCCUUCUGCCUCUUCAUCUUUGACAUGUGUGAGAGGUAGGUGCAGCUCUGCUCUCCAGCCUGU